CCGUGACGCUCCGCGGCGCGGGUGACUUGUAAAUAAUGGCGGGGGCUUGGUCACAGGAUUGUUGCCAGAACGGAGCCUGCAGCGACUGCGCGUGUGGCGACAGGGACAAGUGGAGCGACUCCUCACUGUUGGGCAAGCGGCUCUCGGAAGACUCGAGCCGCCACCGGCUGCUGCAGAAGUGGGCGAGCACGUGGAGCUCCGCGAGCGGGGACGCGUCGGUGGCGGGCGCCGAGGGUUCGGGGCGCCCGGGGGCGCGGCCGGCGCCGGAGGAGGAGAUGCCGCUGGUGUUCCUGUGCUCCGGCUGCCGGCGGCCGCUGGGCGACUCGCUGAGCUGGGUGAUGAGCCAGGAGGACACCAACUGCAUCCUGCUGCGCUGUGUUUCCUGUAAUGUUUCUGUGGAUAAGGAACAGAUCCUAUCCAAACGUAAAAAUGAAAAUGGUUGCAUUCUGCAAACUUUAUACUGUGCUGGGUGCUCACUCAACCUUGGCUUCCUAUACAGAUGCACCCCCAAAGGUCUAGAUUACAAGAGGGACUUGUUCUGCCUCAGUGUUGAAGCCAUCGAAAGUUAUAUUUUAGGGUCUUCUGAAAAGCAAAUUGUGUCAGAAGAGAAAGAGCUUUUUAAUCUUGAAAGCAGAGUUGAAAUAGAAAAAUCUCUAAAACAGAUGGAAGAUGUUCUGAAGGCAUUACAGACGAAGCUGUGGGAGAUUGAGUCGAAAUUUUCCUUCACUUCCUCCACUUGCAAAAGCUGAAUAUCUGUGCCAAGUUCCCCAUCCUGAACUCCCCAGCCAGUGGAAAAUUCUUUCAUCUCUGCUAGAUCUUGUUAUCAUUUCACUUCACUUAGAACUGAAGACAUUCUAGAUGGCCACAUACGUUGUAUUCUCUCACAUUGGUCCAAGAAAAAGAAUGUAGAAUUACUUUUACGGCUCUGUUUGAUGACCUAGAGAUGACUGUUGACCAAAUUCAAAUUUCAGAGUCAUUUUCUGAUACUUGGUGGAAUUGCAAUGUACAGGUUUUUAUUUUGAUGCAAGAAUGAGGUUUUCUGGACUGUUUUCUCUCCCAUAUCAAAUUCAUUAUUCUUUAUUUCCUAUUUUUUAAACUUUUCGCCUAUAAUACUUUGGGCAAUAUUUAAUAGUGAAUGGUGAGAAAAUUUAGAGGUUUUACCAGCUACUGUGUGGUUGAAUCUUUUCUGAAACCUAAUGCAUAAAGCUCCGGGGAAACCACUCAGUUGAAUUAUUAAUCAGAACUAUGUGAAAACUUGCACAAGAGCAGAAUAGUUUAUAUGUAUUGGAGAAUUCCAGUUGAUCCUGUUUAUUUACUACUGGAUACCUAAAAACAUUUGGAAGAUUUAACUUACAGGGUAGUAAUCACUGAGGGUGGAAUUCUGGGGAAAUUUUCUGUUUUUCACUAUUCUAUAAGAUUAUUUUUUAUAAUCAGGAAGAGAAUAAAGAUGAAAACAAAAUGCUUUAAGAUUGAUUUUUAUGAAACAGAAUUGUGGUGCUUAACUGAGCUCAGAACCUUGAUGCCAUGAAUUGUACGUAUUUCCCAGACAUGCACUGUGGCAAGCUGCUUAGGAAUGUAGAGGAAACCCCAGAUUUCCCAGGCCCCUUUCUGAUGUGGGUCCACAUGAGGUCACAUAACAGUUCCAACGGUCUAUGAGUAACCCCCAAUUUCUGCUCAGAAGUUCCCUAAUUAGUUCUGGGAAUACUUAAGAUCACAGCAGAA